CCGCGCAUCGCCAUCUCCCAUUGCUCAUAGAAGAAAGGAAGGAAGAGGGAGCGGCGAGCGAGCAGGCAGGUCGGUCGAUGGCGACGACGUGCGCCGCGAGCCUCGCGCCGCUGCUGGGCCCGGCGGCGGCGAACGCGACGGACUACCUGUGCAACCGGUUCGCGGACACCACGUCGGCGGUGGACUCGACGUACCUGCUCUUCUCGGCGUACCUCGUCUUUGCCAUGCAGCUGGGGUUCGCCAUGCUCUGCGCGGGCUCCGUCCGCGCCAAGAACACCAUGAACAUCAUGCUCACCAACGUGCUCGACGCCGCCGCCGGCGCGCUCUUCUACUACCUCUUCGGCUUCGCCUUCGCGUACGGGACCCCGUCCAACGGCUUCAUCGGCAAGCAGUUCUUCGGCCUCAAGCGGCUGCCCCAGGUCGGCUUCGACUACGACUUCUUCCUCUUCCAGUGGGCCUUCGCCAUCGCGGCGGCCGGGAUCACGUCGGGAUCCAUCGCCGAGCGGACGCAGUUCGUGGCGUACCUCAUCUACUCCGCCUUCCUCACCGGCUUCGUGUACCCGGUGGUCUCCCACUGGGUCUGGUCCGCCGACGGCUGGGCCUCGGCAUCCCGGACGUCGGGGAAGCUGCUCUUCGGCUCCGGCAUCAUCGACUUCGCCGGGUCCAGCGUCGUCCACAUGGUCGGCGGCAUCGCCGGGCUCUGGGGCGCCCUCAUCGAGGGCCCGCGCAUUGGCCGGUUCGACCACGCCGGCCGCUCGGUGGCGCUGCGCGGGCACAGCGCGUCGCUCGUCGUUCUCGGCACCUUCCUGCUGUGGUUCGGGUGGUUCGGUUUCAACCCGGGGUCGUUUCUCACCAUCCUCAGGAGCUACGGCCCCGCCGGCAGCAUCCACGGGCAGUGGUCCGCCGUGGGCCGCACGGCCGUGACCACCACCCUCGCCGGCAGCACAGCGGCGCUCACGACGCUCUUCGGCAAGCGGCUCCAGACGGGGCACUGGAACGUGCUCGACGUCUGCAACGGCCUCCUGGGCGGCUUCGCCGCGAUCACCGCCGGCUGCUCGGUCGUCGACCCCUGGGCGGCCAUCAUCUGCGGGUUCGUGUCGGCGUGGGUGCUCAUCGGGCUCAACGCGCUGGCGGCGAGGCUCCGGUUCGACGACCCGCUGGAGGCCGCGCAGCUGCACGGCGGGUGCGGCGCGUGGGGGGUCAUCUUCACGGGGCUGUUCGCCCGCCGGGAGUACGUGGAGCAGAUCUACGGCGCGCCGGGGCGGCCAUACGGGCUCUUCAUGGGCGGCGGCGGGCGGCUGCUGGCGGCGAACGUGGUGAUGGUCCUGGUGAUCGCGGCGUGGGUGAGCGUCACCAUGGCCCCGCUGUUCCUGGCGCUCAACAAGAUGGGCCUGCUCCGCGUGUCCGCCGAGGACGAGAUGGCCGGCAUGGACCAGACGCGGCACGGCGGGUUCGCGUACGCGUACCACGACGAGGACCCGAGCGGCAGGCCCAAGGGGGUGCAGAGCUCGCAGAUCGCCAACGCGUCCAGCGGCGAGUUCUAGCCGCCAUAGUAGUAGUAGUACACAUGCAUACGCCGUGCAGAUUGCACGCAGGCCACCCACCCUUCUGUUGAGCUGGAUCUCACCGUAUGAUGCUACACAAGAUUGUAUAAUAACAACGAGUUAUACUAUUACUCUUCUUGUCUA